GUCAGCGCAGGCCGACCAGCCACAAAAAGAAAAGGCUUGUCGGACUUUGAGAUGCCAGCUAAGAGGCUCAAAGCUGACAAGGAAUCUGUGGCUGUGACAAACAAAUCCUUGGUUCAGGUGUCUACGCCCAUCCAACACGCUCCACCCGCCACAGUUCCACGGGCCACAAAACGACAACUCUCACCUCUUUCAGAAACUUCAACAUCAAAGACGUUAAAAGUCAGUGAGGUACCAACUUCAGAGACUAAAGGCCCCUGCUCUGACGUGUACUCCAGUGGUGUCUCGCUCAGUCCGUCUCUCAGCGAGACCUCACAAAGCACUAAGAGACCCAGAACUCCUGAGCCUGAGACGCCAAGCAAAAAGUUCAAACAUGACCUGACUCCGCCCCCUGUCGAGCUCUCGGACUUGCCUCCUGGGCCCACCAAGCCUGUGACAACUGUGAAACGUGCCAUCAAGUUUCAGCUUCUCAGCAAGCGUAAUUGACUAGUUGAUGAGGCUGAACAUCAUACCGUCACCUUCUCGCUCCAAGAGGAAAAACUCCAUCCUCCAUCACCAGCUAUUCUGUUUAGUUUUCUUAUAUUUUUUGCUUGCUUAAGGGAACUCAUAUGUCCUAUGACGAUGUUCCCUCACAGCAGGUGUAACUGUUGGUUAAUGAGCCUGGGGAUUACUUUCUCACUCCCAACUAAGAAGAGAAACUCUGUCCCCCUUCACCAGCCAGCCAUUUUUUUGUCUUUAUUUUUUGCUUAUUGUGGUUUUGUAUUGCUUGUGGUGGGUUUCCUCCGGGUACUCCGGUUUCUCCCAGUAACAAAAAAGAAAUGAUUGUAAAUAGAGU